GCGUCCCCCCGUCUCCAUGCCACGACUUGCUGUUUCGUUCCAUCUUGUGUAGCGGCGAAUCAGUGAAGCAGCGCCGCGGCUGUGUUGACAGUAGGCCUCCCUAGCCUGCAAUACUUCACCUUCGUCUCUUGCCGUGUCUGUCUGCGACGGGGCUGCGCAGUGGUUCUGUAGCACUCUGUCAGCACACCCAGCGGAUCUCGCGAGAGCGGUGGCGUGGCUGGCUGGAAGUGGGGCUGCAGCAGACAGAGGGAGAAGGCAGGCAGCAUCAUGGCGGACAGAGACAGUGGAAGUGAGCAGGGAGGAGCAGCUACAGGCCCGGGCGUCGGUUCCUUACACCCAGUGACAGGAGGGGCGGGUUCGGUUUCCGGGCUGCAGCACGAGACGCAAGAGCUAGCCUCGAAGCGGGUUGACAUUCAGAAUAAACGUUUCUAUCUGGACGUAAAGCAGAACGCAAAGGGCCGCUUCUUGAAGAUAGCCGAGGUCGGGGCCGGAGGAAAUAAGAGCCGCCUCACACUCUCCAUGUCCGUGGCUGUUGAGUUCCGUGACUACCUGGGGGAUUUCAUCGAACAUUAUGCUCAGUUAGGGCCCAGCAACCCGGACAUAGCACAGGAUGAGCCCCGACGGGCGCUAAAGAGCGAAUUUCUGGUGAGAGAGAAUCGGAAGUAUUACAUGGAUCUGAAAGAGAACCAGAGGGGCCGGUUUCUGAGGAUUCGACAGACCGUGAACCGGGGCCCGGGAUUGGGAUCCACGCAAGGCCAGACCAUCGCUCUUCCUGCACAGGGACUUAUUGAGUUUCGUGACGCUUUGGCCAAGCUUAUCGAUGACUACGGUGUGGAGGACGAACCGGCGGAGUUGCCGGAGGGAACCUCCUUGACUGUGGAUAACAAACGGUUUUUCUUCGACGUGGGUUCCAAUAAGUAUGGGGUGUUCAUGAGGGUUAGCGAGGUGAAGCCAACGUACCGCAACUCUAUCACGGUGCCCUACAAAGUGUGGUCCAAAUUCGGUAAUACCUUCUGUAAGUACGCGGAUGAAAUGAAGAAAAUCCAGGAGAAGCAGCGAGAGAAAAGGGCAUGCGAGCUACAGCAGCAGCAAGAGGAGCACGGUGAUGACGGAGACGAUGAUUGAUAAACAGAGCAAAAAAAAAAAAAACAUGCAAAAAGAGAAAAUCACAAAAAGAGAAAUUAUAAUUAAAAAGAAACUUUACUGUAAAAAAGAAACAUAAAGAUUUAACUAUCUGUUUAUCUCCAAGGGAGCACCACCCACCCACACACCAGACUGACAGUUACGACUUGUUUCCACUCAUCGCUGGAUGUUACCCACCUAUCCACCAUUAAAACAGUAAGCAGCUGCUAAAACAAAGUAAUAACAUUAUAUAUGAACUGUGUUUCCUACUUGAUUAAAUGAUAAAGAACUGAGUGUUUAUUUCCCUAAUUAACCAGGAACUUUUGUACACGUUCAAGCUAUUAUAAAAAAGUGUUUGCAAUGUUCAAAUGGAAAUAUUGCCGAGUUAUGAGAACCAAGUCCUUUUUCGUGUGAGCUAACAUUUGACUUCAGCACAAAGCAGAUAUUUUAGAUUUUUUUUAACCAAAACUUUAAACCUUUUUAAAAGAGGUUGUCAUAGUAUAUUUGCCACCAUAUUUACAUGUGAGUAGAACUGUGUGUGUGUGUAUAUAUAUAUAUAUAUAUAUAUACAUACGUACAUGUAUAUGUAUGUGUGCAUAUAUGUAUACACACACGGAAACAAAUCUAAAAACGUAUACAUGAGGGCUAGGCAUGCUGUCAAAGAUCUGUUGAAUUGUCACAGUCUGUAAUGUUAAAGGUACGUUGGGCAAACGCAGGCUAAGUAACAUGCAAUAUGCAUCGCAUCCGAGCUGUACACACAUUAAACCGGUCUGUGGAUCCUCCUGUCAACAUGAAGACCUGUUAAAAUAUGGCAUUUCAAGAAAUGUUAACAUUUAAUUUGAUUUGUUUUGAUUGAAAUCGUAGUUAUUGCAGAUGAGGAGUGUGCUAUACCUUUAGUGUCAACUUGUAAUGCGAUGUGUCGAGAAAAAAAAGUACCGGACUUUUUGGUUAGGAGGUGCCGUGAUAACACGCAGCAAUGUCCUGGUUGAAAGUCUGGCGGUUGCCGAUACCUUAAAAUGGUUACAGCUGUUUCUCUUUCAACAUUGGACCCUCAACGCAACAGUAUCACAUACAUGGAAUAUUGGAUAGGGGAGGGGCAAAAAAAAAAAAAAAAAAAAAAGAGGGAAAAAA